UUGAAUGUCGAAUGGUUCUAUUUAGUAUUACCUGCACUUUUGAGCGGAGUCGACGCCGAACAAUUUUUUAUCCUCAUUUAAAGACAAUGACAUCGAAAUAGUCAGUCUUUUUACCUGUUUAAAAUAUACUGAGGCCAACGGUUUAAGCAUGAAGUUUAACUUAGGAUCUGUGUGUGUUAUAGUGUGCAGUGUUGUGGGUAAUAUUCAAAGUGCGGUUUUUAGAGAUGGCCUGUACCGAUUAGAUUUAAUUCAUUAUAAUGAUUUUCAUGACCGAUUCGAGGAGACAUCUGUGCCAUACCCAGUGUGCAAAUCCAAUGACUCCAGUUGUAUGGGCGGCUUUGCUCGCUUGUACUCCGGUGUGCAAAUGCUGCUCGAGGAGAAACCUGAUGCCCUCGUUCUGAACGCCGGAGACGCCUUUCAGGGCACGUACUGGUACACGCUGCUGAAGUGGAACAUCAUCCAGAAGUUCAUCAACAUGCUACCCAAUGAUGCACAUGCAAUUGGUAACCACGAGUUUGAUGAUGGGAUUGCGGGCUUAGCACCAUACCUUGCGGCACUCCAAGCUCCCGUUGUAGUCGCUAACAUAGACACGAGUAAAGAACCGACUUUGAAUGGGUUGUACAAGCCACACGUGGUACUGGAGAGAAAAGGAAGAAAAAUUGGAGUAAUCGGAGUGACAACCCCCGAAACAGCGACGUCAUCCAACUCCCAGGGCGUUAUAUUCUCAGAUCCUGUAGAGGCUGUUAAGAGAGAAGCUGACAUUUUACACAAACAAGGAGUCGACAUUAUCAUAGUUUUAUCACACUGCGGUCUAAAUGUUGACAAAAAAAUGGCGAAAGACGUCGGGGAAAACGUGGACAUUAUCGUCGGUGGUCAUUCGCACAGUUUGUUGUGGAACGGUGAAUCCCCCAGCAACGAGUCUAUUUCGGGACCGUAUCCCGUUAUGGUCGAGGCCAAGGAGAGACCAGGACAUAAGGUGCUGGUUGUAACAGCGUCGGCUUUUACUAAAUAUUUAGGAAACAUCACAGUCUAUUUCAGCAAAGACGGAGAAUUGCAAUCGUAUGAAGGAACACCAGUAUUUUUGAACAGAUCUAUACCAGAGGAUCCAAAAAUCAAGGAAGCAAUGCAACCCUACAAAGACGAGUUAUAUUCAUUAGUGAAUGAAGUGGUAGGGUUCGCACACGAUGAUCUCAUUUCGGAGCCUUGUGGUUCUAAAGAAUGUGCCAUAGGUGACAUUAUUGCUGAUGCAUACUUGACGACGGUUCAAGAAAGAAAUGUAUCCGACAUUCCUCAUGUUACGUUUAUAUUAAGAAACAUGAUUCGUGGAUCAAUAGCGGGAGGCGAAAUAAACAGAGGGGCUGUCAUAAAUGUGUUGCCGUUCACAAAUAAAGUGGUGACUGUGCAGAUUGAAGGCCGACAUUUGCUGGAGGCUCUUCAUAGGUGCAUGACAUCUUACUGGAGAGAGAAACCCUUCAACGGCCCUUGGAUGCCUCAGGUGGCAGGUAUGCAGGUGACAUUGAACACGACUGACAGAAUAGUUGUGUCAGCAAUGGUGAAGGAGGGUGAUGAGUUCAAACCAAUAGAUCCCAAAAGGAAAUAUCAAGUAGUCACACUGCUUUUCCUAACGAGGGGUGGGAACGGGUUCACGAUGUUUAGAGACAAUCAUCACAAUCUUACUCACAUCGGCGAAGACGCGAAAAUUGUCGAAGAUUAUAUUAAAAAAGUCACUCCGCUCACCCCAAAGAUAGACAAGAGACUUGUUAUAGUAAACUAAAUAAUUGUGUUAUCCAGCGUUACCACUUAAGCUGAGAAUGGUUCUGAACGAGCAAACAUUUGCUCACUCGGUAAAUGCAAACGACAGAGCAAGCAAAGAGUUCGUACAAAGAUGUUUGACUGGUCCAAAGGAACGAAUGCUCACUAGCUCAGUCAUUAAUGGGAACAACGCAACAUUGUUCUUGAGCAUUCCAUUUACCGAGCGAGCAAGAAUUUGUUCGCUCGGAACUGUUCGGAGUAUUAGGUGGAAACACAACGGUUGUUGUUUAACAAAAUAUUGAUCAAGUGAAGUAUAUUUCUUUUUAAAUACAGAUAGUUUUGGUGUGUUCAGACACGUGAAUGUUGAAUCUUAUUAGCUAAUAGUGCAAACUUCCAAAACUAUCUAGGAAUAACCGAAAUAACUAUUAUCAACUCUCGAUUUAUUGAAGAAUAUCAUCGAUUUGUAUUUACAAAUGAAUGAAUGAAGAAAAUGUUAUUUUAUACAAUAAAAUAAAGUUUGUUCCAUAAUUGAAUAGUUAUAUACCACUAUUGUGGCGUUGACUGAACAUAUACUAAAGUUUAAUUAUGUGAAUCAUAUGUGUAUAUAAAAUCAAUUAUUGACAGCCAAUGACCUAUAAUUUUUUAAAUUGAUCUUAAAAUUCAUGAUCUAUGUAAGAAAAGUGUAAUAAUAUGAUAACUUUGUAGGUAGUUAAUAUGUUGCUUGUAGGCAUUAGAAAAGUAUGUUAUGAAUGUUUAAAUUUGAAAAAAUGCAUAGCCAAUUCUGUUCUCUUUCUCUUGUAGCGAACAAGUACAAUAGUAGUUAAAUGUCUACUUAAAUGAUUUAUGUUAAAACGUAUAUUAUGUUUUGUUUAAUAAAAACAGCUGGUAACAUAAUGGUGUACAUUAUAGGAGUUAAAUUAUACAAGUGAGUAUUGAAGUAAUCUUUAGAAAAUGACAUUUUUUCUUUCUUUUAUUAAUUAUGUUUUGUAUUACCUCAAGGUUGUGAAUAUAUUUAUUGAUGUAGGUCUUAUAGGUAUGUCCUAAGAAUAAAUUUAUUUUAGUUAAAAUAUACAGUUAUAUGUAGUUAUAAGUAUAUCAGCGGCUUAUUCCAUCAAUAUUUCUCGGACGUAAUACAAAUUAUUAUGUUAC